AAAACUGUAGUUUGGCACAAAAUCCGAUUUUUUUAUUUUUAAUAAUUCAAGAUGUUUCUAAGUCGCUUGGCUUGUGUUCUUCCACGUAAAGUUAUAGUCCGCAGUGUUGCCACCUUAAAUGGCCCUGUCGAACCAAAUGGUCUGCCACGGUCUUCGUUAGACGGCUAUCAACAGCGAUUCCAAUUUAGCAAAAAAUGUGAAGAUGAAGCAAAAAAGAAAUGUGCAGAAGCAGCUGCCAAGAAGAAGUGCGCAGAGGCUGCCAAGAAGGAGAAGGAAGCGGCUGAGAGGAAAAGGUGUGCAGAAGCUGCUAAAAAGGAAGCUGAAAAGAAAAAGUGUGCAGAGGCUGCUAAAAAAGCAAAGGAAGCGGCGGCAAAGAAAAAGUGUGAAGAGGCAGCUCUAAAGAAAAAAUGCGAAGAGGCUGCUAAAAAGGAGAAGGCAGCGGCUGCAAAGAAAGAGGCUGAGCUCAAAAAGAAGUGUGCAGCUAUUGCCAAAAAAGAAAAGGAUGCAGCACUGAAGAAAAAGUGCGCAGAGGCUGCGAAGAAGAAGAAAGAAGCAGCAGCUAAAAAGAAGAAGGCAGCGGCUCAAAAGAAAAAGUGUGAAGAGUUAGCUCAAAAGAAAAAGUGCGCAGAGUUGGCUAAAAAGAACAAGACUGACUCUGACAAAAAGAAGUGAGCCAGCGACCCAAAAUGUGAAAUUCUUGAAAGUAUAGAUUACGCAAGUGAAGCACCCAAGCAAUCCUGACAUGUGUCUAGACAGAAUCAGAAGAAACGUGUAAAUACGCGACAGAAGGGGUCCAAUAAAUGUGAAGUGAGAAACAACUGCUUGAGAGAAUAAAGAGGCUCCUACCAAACAACGAUGAGAAGACUGGACUUUGUGCUUGCAAAGUGGUCUUAAAAAAUAAAGAAUUCCUACUGUAAAUGCGUAAACCAGAUAUAUAACAGAUCAGAAUGAAGAAAAGAAUUAAUUUAAGUGUAACA